AUGGCCGUGGCUCUCUCUUCGGAAGACCUUGAUUUCUUCUCGUCGUCGCCGCUGAGAAGGUCUCAUUCCCAGUCGAAAUUCAUGCCGAAGUCCACUCAAGGCUUUCACGCCUCGGCUUCGACAUCCAGAAUAAGCGAAUCGUUUCACGAUGCCUAUCACGAGGCGUAUACCCGCCAACCUGCUCGUAUAGUUCCCACUUCGAGCCCGUCCUCGGCGCCGUCUUCUCCUCGCGCGCUUCAGCCCGAGUCGGCGGAUCAGUCGUACUCGUCGACGCCGGCAACCAAUUUAUCGUUAGACGAACCGUGCGAGGACAUUCGCGUACCGUCCGAUGAUAAUUUUUACGUGCCAGACUAUUACCACAAUCCGUACUUUGGGCCUCUCGAAGACCUAGAGCCUCCUCCGAGUCCCCGGACGGGUGACUCGUAUACUGUAUCGCCGACUGACCACGAUACCUCGGCAACUACGUCGCGUCCAGGGUCCCCGAAUGCUCUAGAGCGCGCCGAAGACGAUACGGCGGUUGCUCAUCACCCGACUCAGCAUGUCGACUACUUGUCGCAUAAUUGGAGAGAGGAGGACAUCUGGUCGUCGUGGCGCUAUAUAGUGUCUAAGAGGAGUGAGUAUAGCAACGGCCCACGACUUGAGAAUGCCUCGUGGCGAACAUGGAUGAAGUCCAAGUACAAGUUGCAAACGGUAUCCCCAGAGACCCUCAAUUGGCUCAAGGAUUGCGACGUUACUUGGUUAUACGGGCCUCUACAGACCCGCCACGGGGAACUGUUAGGCAACGAAGCCGAGCAGGAGGGCAGCCCAACGCUCUCGAGAUGCGGCUCGUUCGUCAAGAAACCUAUUCUCAAGAAGAGGAGCAUGUCGGAGAUUAUGCUCCAGAGGUCACUCUCUACGUCGUCCCUACUUAAGCAGGCUACAGCUGCGGUUCAGGCCCAGCAGAAAGAUGGCGCUCGUAUCGGUCGUCCCGCGUUACGUCGUGCCACCACCGACUUCGUCACUUUCCCCUUUUCAUCCCGGAGAAGUCGUGGCAAUACCAUUCUACCUUCUGAAUCCACAUCGGGCAUCGUGUCGCCUUCGUCAGAGCGAAAACACAUCCAUUUCGACGAGCAGGUCCAGCAGUGCAUCGCGGUUGAAAUCAAAGGGGACGACGAAGAUGAAGACGAAGCGGACCAUAGCUUCUGGGGAUACGGGGAUGAUAGCGACUCUGACGACGGCGCUAUCAUGAUGAAGAGAACCAAAACAUCGAAGCAGCCCGUCGUUCCACGCCGUAGGUCUCCGGUUAACACACCUACCGAGAGUAAGACCAUUGCGAUGCUCCCCUCCACAACAUUGAAAUACAGAGAAGACUCCCCCGCGCCAGACACCGCGAUGAAGCAUAGUACUGGCAGUCUAAGGGGUUCACUUUUAUCAUCUUCCUCCUCGCGGGAGACGCUCAGACCUUCUAAAGCGUCGGACUCUUUUUUAGGGGGCGACGCCGAGGAUGAUGAUUUGGACGAGGAGACCAACGCAACCCCGAUAUCCAGCCCGAUUGAUUCCAUAUCGUUCUUCAAGCAGACGAAUCCUCAACGCCCGACGUCUGCGAACAGUCCUACCCAAGAGCCGGCUGGCAUGCGCCGAACGGAGAGCGGUAUGCUUAUGCCAUACGAAGACGGCGACGUCCAACAAAAUAACGGAAUCAUUAGUCGCGUAAUUGAUACAGUCAAUACAGCCCGCGACAUUGCCCAUGUCAUUUGGAAUGUUGGUUGGAGACGUUGA